CGGGGCAUGCUGAGACGUCAUCUUGCUGCGCAAAACGAGCGGUUGUUGACAGGCCGCGGAGACGGCCGUGGGAGAGCUGCGGCGUUCUUAUCAUGCCUGACUGGGCGAGCUGUCCUGGGCCGAGGCCUUUGGGCUGGGGAUGAAAGAAACGGAUCAGAUGCAGAGUUUGGAGGGCUCCGGGACCGAGAGGUCAGUCGGCACGCAGACGGGCAGCAUGACGGGUCAGAUACCAAGACUUUCUAAAGUGAACCUUUUCACUCUGCUCAGUCUCUGGAUGGAGCUCUUCCCAGGAGUAGAAGCCCAAGGGCAAAAAUCUCAGAAAACUGAAGAGGAAAACCGUGGUCCCUUAGGAGAUAAUGAAGAGUUGGCCAGAGUGUCUACUGACAAAAAACAGGUGAAGAAAACUGGUCUUGUGGUGGUGAAAAACAUGAAGAUCAUUGGUCUUCACUGCUCCAGUGAAGACUUGCAUACUGGGCAAAUUGCUCUUAUUAAGCAUGGGUCCAGGCUCAAAGACUGUGAUCUUUAUUUUUCAAGAAAACCAUGUUCUGCUUGUUUGAAGAUGAUAGUGAAUGCUGGAGUUAACCGAAUUUCUUACUGGCCUUCUGAUCCAGAAAUAAGUUUGCUCACUGAGGCUUCUAGUUCUGAAGAUGCAAAGCUAGAUGCCAAAGCAGCAGAAAGAUUGAAGUCAAACAGCCGGGCCCACGUGUGUGUCUUACUCCAGCCGCUGGUGUGUUACAUGGUGCAGUUUGUGGAGGAAACCUCUUACAAAUGUGACUUUAUUCAAAAAACUGCAAAAGCAUUGCCGGGUGCUGACACUGAUUUUUAUUCUGAAUGUAAACAAGAAAGAAUAAAAGAAUAUGAAAUGUUAUUUUUGGUUUCAAGUGAAGAAAUGCAUAAACAGAUACUGAUGACUAUAGGUCUGGAGAACCUGUGUGAAAACCCUUAUUUUAGCAAUCUAAGGCAAAACAUGAAAGACCUGAUCCUACUUUUGGCCACAGUAGCUUCUAGUGUGCCCAACUUGAAACACUUCGGAUUCUACUGUAGCAGCCCAGAACAGAUUAAUGAAAUUCACAAUCAGAGUUUGCCACAGGAAGUUGCAAGGCAUUGCAUGGUGCAGGCCAGGUUAUUGGCAUAUCGAACUGAGGAUCAUAAAACAGGAGUUGGAGCUGUCAUUUGGGCAGAAGCAAAAUCUAGAAGCUGCGACGGGACUGGAGCCAUGUACUUCAUAGGAUGUGGGUACAAUGCCUUUCCUGUUGGCUCUGAGUAUGCUGACUUCCCGCACAUGGAUGACAAGCAUAAGGACAGAGAAAUACGGAAGUUCAGAUACAUCAUACAUGCGGAGCAGAACGCUUUGACGUUUAGAUGUCAAGAUAUAAAACCAGAAGAACGCAGCAUGAUUUUUGUGACCAAAUGCCCUUGUGAUGAGUGUGUGCCUUUAAUUAAAGGGGCAGGCAUAAAGCAGAUCUAUGCUGGUGACGUAGAUGUUGGGAAAAAGAAAGCGGACAUCUCUUACAUGAAGUUUGGGGAGCUUGAGGGUGUUCGCAAGUUCACAUGGCAGUUGAAUCCGUCUGAAGCUUAUAGUCUUGACCCAAAUGAGCCUGAAAGGAGAGAAAGCAUUUUGUCACAGCAAGGGGAAGUUGACUAACACAGUCACCUGGAGGCAUGGGUCCAUUGAUUUAAAAUCAAGAGUUUGGGAUUAUGGUCAAGGAUUAAAAUGUGCCGCCCGGGAGUCGGGAGGAGAGACCUCUAAAACAAGAUGUGUCUAGAAUAUGUCGCACGGCCUUCUAAAGAGGAGCCAAGAAGAGAAUCAGAUUCACCUAGAAGGUGGAGAAGCAAGGAAAGAAUGUCCGAACAAAGUACUUUCCCUAGCGCUGCUGGGAUGGCAUGGAAAACGAGCAAACCUCAGAAAGAUGAGCAGCCAUUCACAUUCCAGGCUGGCUCACAGGGAGAGCAUUGUGGGCAGGCACAAACACUUUCGUGUACUCGGUUGACUUAGAGUCACCGACUACACCGGACUCGGUUGGGGUUGACUGGCACUGUGCAUGGAAUAAUAGGUAGCAUGAAGAUUCAUGAUGAAUGGCAUUAGAUAGCACAGAAGGCAUUCAAGAGAUGAUACGGGUUGCAAGACAGCAGAUGCAGCUCAUGGGUAGAGCUUGUCUACUCUGUGCAUGGCCCAGGUGUUUGCUCUGCAGACAAAGCCCGGUGAGUCUGUGGUAACAUUUUGAACAGUUUUAUCACUAUUUCACACACUAGGUGGUUUGCCCAUUUAAACUAAUACUGCAAUGAUUUUGGUGUGUUAAUUUGCAGAUAUGUGCAAGCACCACCAUAAUUAGUUUAAAUAUUUCCAUCACCUCAAUGAGACCACCUUUAGCUGUCUCUCCACAUAUCCGACUCAAACUCCACCCCCAAGCCUGGAGCUUUCUGUCUCUAGACUUCUCUGGGUUGGACUUUCUAUGUGAACAGUAUCAUCUAGUGUGUAGCUGUGACUUGAAUGGUUCUUGCAAAGAUGUGUGAGGUUCAGCUACAGAAGGCACAGGGAAGGCGUGUUGAGAUUCAGAUGCAGAAG